AUGAAAAACUAUUUUAUCAACUCUUUUGUACAGAACCAUUUUGCUACUGUGAGGUAUACGAUUCAUGUUGAAAACGAACACUCGGAAACAGUUAGUUCAACAUUUGUUUUGCCGAUUCCUCAAGAUACAUUCAUAGCAAGUUUUAGUGCAAUCAUUGAUGGUGUAGAAUAUGCUGGUGAAAUGGUUUUGAAUGAAAACAUAUCAACGGAAGACAAUGGAACCAAUACACAGACUGCAUUAACAGCACAGGUCAGAAAAAGGUUAAUUGACGACCCUAAAAGAAACAUUUUCGAAAUUGAUCUAACUCUGGCUGCUGAUAAAGAGACAACUUUCAUAGUUACCUAUUAUGAACGGUUAAUACGAAAAGGUUCACAUUACAAACAAAGACUUAUUGUAGAGCCCGGCCAAUUAGUGGACACUUUACUGGUGAACGCCAUCUUCUUAGAAGACCAAGGUUUUGAAACAUUUUCGUAUAUGUUACCAAUGGCUAACGAUUUUCACGACGCAAGUUCUGAUUUAGCGAGUUUAUUAGAGACACCAACCAAAAGAAGUCUUCUCUAUCAACUGUCUAGAGAUCAACAGUUAGCAGCUUCAUAUCAAGGAGUAGCUGGAGAAGUAAUCAUUACGUAUGAUCUGAAUUCUACACAGGGUGCUGGUAUGGUUGAUGUCAAAGAUGAAUACUUCGUUCAUUAUUUUACACCGAGUGGACUGAAACCAAUAGACAAGAACAUUUUAUUUGUAUUAGACACCAGUGGAUCUAUGGCGGGUAUCAAAAUUCAGCAACUUCGUGAAUCAAUGUUGACCAUCUUGGAUAACCUAAAUCCUGAUGAUAAUUUCAAUAUCUUAAGAUUUGAAAGUAACACUUCAACACUGUUUGAUUAUCCUGUUGAGGCGAAUUUAACAAACAUCGAGGAGGCCAUGAUUCUAGUUAAUGAUACUAUUAAAGCUGGAGGAGGCACAGCUAUUAAUGAUGCUCUUCUUGAAGCUAUUAUAUCACUGAAAGCCCUUCCAAAUAAGAGUAGGCGAGCGCAGCUAAUAUUUUUCCUUACUGAUGGAGGGGCAACAGUAGGUGUAACUAGCAGAAAAAAAAUACUGCAAAAUGUAAAGAGUGAGAAUGACGGCUCCAUAUCUAUUUAUUGUUUAGGAUUUGGUGUUAAUUCGGACGAUAAGUUUUUGAAGGAACUAGCGAAAGAAAACCGUGGAAUCUAUGCAAAAAUACCUGAAGAUACC